UCCUUCUACAAAUACCAUUAGAACCUUCACAAUUGUAUGAUACUGUAAUGGUAAAAAAGUGCUUUCAUUUCUUCCUCUGUGGGUGCCUGGGGGAAAGUAUGUACUUUUUAGGACAUUCGUACUUUUGAAAUCAGCAUAAGUGUUCGGCAAUUAUAGAUAAGUAAUCAAGUGAAAAUACAAUUUAUUUAAGAUAUUCAAAGGAUUACGAUCAACAUAUCCCCGAGCAUAAAGUAGAUGUUCAACGACAUAGUGAGUAGAAAAGAAUUUUAUUCCACUUAAAAGAUACGGAAACAAACGCGUUUUACUUUCCCCUAUAAGUACGCAAAGUAGCUUGUCAAGUUUCUAGAUGUCACUAAGAGAAGACUGAUUAACAACAAGUCUGCAUUCCCAUUGAUGACACUUGAAAGGCAUUAGAAGCCAAAGUGAAUUAUUUUCUCUGAUAUGUAGUCAGAUAUUGGAUAAAACCUCAACUGCUUCAACAUUUAGUAGGGAGUAUCAUUUAAAUGACUACAUGGGGAGUUUAUUGGAGUAAAAAUAAUUCAGUCAUCAGAAAAUGAAGAAAUUGGAACAAGUAUUUGAAUUGAGCUUGAUUUUUGUAUAUGUACUUCAUACGAAAGCCCUUUUAAUCUUACAUCUGAUGAAAUUUAGAAUUUAUAAGGCGUCAAUAUUAACAAUGGAUGUUUCUGAGGUAUGAGCGUUAACGAAUUCACAGUGGGUUUAAAUAUUGAGAAUGUUCAAUAUUUAGAUAUAUAGCUCAUUGCCAUCAUCUGUUGUGUUGAGAUGGAUAUCCGAUCCUUGCUUCUGGAUGUUGUUAUUUGUAUCGACCUUUCGUUAGCCGUCUGGGAUAAUACAGAGCCAAAAUCCAUCGAAGGGCCCUGCUGUAAUGGGACCCUGGCCUACGCUGCACCACCCACAAUUCCCUGUUCUUCCUUCCGGUGUUGUCAUUCAUUUGAAGACGUAGCUGUAUAUCCGGUCAAUCAUGCGUUUGGUUAUGUGUUCAGAUGCAUGCCAAAGAAUGAAAUUUCCUCAAGGUGCUUUACAGAUAAAGAAAAGGUUCAGCCAAGUCCAGAAAAUGGAGCAAUCGAGUACAAGCCAAAGCGGUGCUGUGAUGGACUUAAAUUUCAUUUGAAUUUCAAUAACAGCAAUACGCCUCUGCUCAUAACAUGUAUCAAACGUUAGCAAUUAAUAAAUCAUAGAUGCUUUUUA